ACGAGGUGUACGCGAGGCUCGCGCUGGUGGCGGAGGGCGAGAUGUUCAAGCAAAACUACCGUGAGGGUGGAGCAGAAGAGAGAGCCGGCGAGAGGGAGGACGGUGAUGGCGAGAAGAAGCCCCGCAUGCCGCAUAUGUUCUGCAAGACGCUCACUGCCUCUGAUACGAGCACACACGGAGGUUUCUCCGUUCCUCGCCGGGCGGCGGAGGACUGCUUCCCGCCUUUGGACUACAACCAGGUCCGGCCAUCUCAAGAGCUCGUUGCCAAGGACUUGCAUGGCAUGCAGUGGAGGUUCCGCCACAUUUAUAGAGGUCAACCUCGUAGGCAUCUUCUAACAACUGGAUGGAGUUCGUUUGUCAAUAAGAAGAAACUAGUCUCGGGGGAUGCAGUCUUAUUUCUUCGAGGCGAUGACGGUGAACUAAGAUUGGGUGUAAGGAGAGCUGUUCAGCUUAGAAAUGAAGCCCUUUUUAAAGCUGUCAACAACAAUGAUUCAAAGCUGCACACUUUGUCUGCUAUUGCCAGCUCUUUGGAAAAAAGAAGUAUUUUCCAUGUUUGUUUUGACCCAAGGAGUGGUGCAUCAGAAUUUAUUGUGCCAUAUUGGAGAUUCUCUAAGAACCUGAACCAUCCGUUUUCCAUUGGAAUGAGAUUUAAGGUUUCCAAUGAUAGUGAUGAUGCAAAUGAGAGGUCCACUGGAUUGAUUUCAGGUAUUAGUGAAAUAGACCCCAUAAGAUGGCCUGGAUCAAAAUGGAGGUGCCUGAUGGUAAGAUGGGAUGAUACUCGUUGCAACCACCAGCGCAGAGUUUCUCCAUGGGAGAUCGAAAGAGUUGGUGGUUCCAUUUCAGUUCCUGAUUAUCUGCCAGCAUCUAGUUCCAAGCGAACCAAACUGUACUAUCCUCAAGGCAAUUUGGAUGCUCCAGUUACCGAUGCAAAUGGUUGUCUGGACUCGGUGGAAACCGGAAAUUUCCACAGGGUCUUGCAAGGUCAAGAAUUGUUGAUGGGUUCUAGGACUCAGGGUGUUGGACGCUCUCAGUCGCCUGACGUCACGAAAUUUCGAACUCCGGAUCGCAGGAGGUUCUCUGCUAAUGCGCGGAACUGCAUGUCGCAUGGUUUAGCAAGUGGUUGCUCGCAGAACACGGAGUUUCCGUACCAAUCCUCAGGCUUCGGUGAAUCUGUCAGAUUCCCAGAGGUCUUGCAAGGUCAAGAAAUGUCUCAAGCAGUUCCCUUUUACCAAGGAACCCCUUUUGACGCGCGUGGCUCAUUUGGUUAUGUGCAACGAUCAGCCGCACCCAGUGGACUGUCUUCUGGAACUCAAGGAUAUGCUCUUGGGCAGUUUACACCGUCAGCAGCAAAAGUAUCUUCUCCAUCUUCAGUUCUUAUGUUCAACCAGGCGGCAGUUCCACAGUUUGAAUUGGAUGGCAGAACCAACUACAGAGGUGGGUAUGGCAGUCAAUGUGCCCCAGGCCACCUGCAGUUGGCAAAGGAAAUGGAGACCUGGCCGAGUACACAGCGCCAAACGCCGAGCGAAAUUGGAUGCCGUCAAUCCGACACUGGAAAUGCCUUGCCCCCUGUGAACAUCGCUGAAUCAAGAUCGGCUACUGGAGACAUUGGGAGAAGCAGCUGCAGGUUGUUUGGUUUCUCCUUGACUGAUGACAAGAUACAGGGAGCAGGUGAAGAUGGUGUGAAGGAUGGAAGCUCAAUUGAAGAAGCUGACAGGGCAGACCCGCGUGUGCUCGACUUGUUUGGGUACACCCACCGUACUCCCAGUGCUCUGCAUGCUCUCGUUGCUGCUCCCCUGGGGAUGUGAUGCUUAUGUUAGUUUUUACUACGCCGGCUGAGUGC